GCGGCCGAGCCGAGCGCUUGGGCUGCGCGACUCCGGGCAUUUCCUUGGCGAUCGGCCCCCGCCCGGUGGCCAAGAACUCCGCCCGGGGGCGCCCCGGGGUCCCUGUUGCUGCGGGCGCCGAGGGGGCGGUUCCGGUCCGGACCAGCGAGGGGCAAGGGAAACACCCCGGGAGCCCCGCGCCCUGGCACCAUGCGACCCGCCGCGCCUCCUCCCGGGUCCGGGGCUGUACAGUGUGCUCGCUGAGCCCCCUGCGGUCGCCGCCUCGGAGAGUGGCACCAAGAAGGUGGAAGAGGAGGAGAAGGCGACACUCGGGAGAGCAGUGCCCGGACAGAUUUGGCCGCUCCUCCACCCCUGAGAGCUGGCGACUCCCGGGUUCCCCAGCCUUAUCAUGAGCCGGGCGCCAGCCGGGCUUUAGGAGAAACUGAGACGCCGGAGCGAGUCGAGACAAUUCUUUGGUUGCUAAGUGUGAGAGAAGACACUCAGGAUGGCUCAGGGGUCCGGGGACCAGCGAGCAGUGGGGAUCGCUGAUCCAGAAGAGAGUUCUCCCAACAUGAUUGUCUACUGCAAAAUUGAGGACAUCAUUACAAAGAUGCAAGAUGACAAGACAGGGGGUGUGCCCAUCAGAACAGUUAAGAGCUUUCUCUCCAAAAUCCCCAGUGUCGUCACAGGUACUGACAUUGUGCAGUGGCUUAUGAAGAACCUUUCCAUAGAGGACCCAGUUGAAGCAAUACACCUGGGAAGCCUUAUUGCCGCCCAGGGCUACAUCUUCCCAAUCUCAGACCAUGUUCUCACCAUGAAGGAUGAUGGCACCUUCUACCGUUUCCAGGCGCCUUACUUCUGGCCUUCAAACUGCUGGGAACCUGAAAACACGGACUAUGCCAUCUAUCUCUGUAAGAGGACGAUGCAGAACAAAGCAAGGCUGGAACUGGCUGACUACGAAGCAGAAAACUUAGCAAGACUCCAGAGGGCCUUUGCAAGGAAGUGGGAAUUCAUCUUUAUGCAAGCAGAAGCACAAGUGAAGAUUGACCGGAAAAAGGAUAAGACAGAAAGAAAAAUUCUGGAUAGCCAAGAACGGGCCUUCUGGGAUGUCCACAGGCCAGUGCCAGGCUGUGUGAACACAACAGAAAUGGAUAUCAGAAAAUGUCGGCGUUUGAAGAAUCCACAAAAGGUUAAAAAGUCAGUAUAUGGUGUGACAGACGAGACCCAGUCACAGAGUCCAGUGCACAUACCAAGCCAGCCAAUCAGGAAAACUACAAAAGAUGACAUCCGAAAACAGAUAACGUUUUUGAAUGCACAGAUUGACAGACAUUGUUUGAAAAUGUCCAAAGUGGCUGAAAGCUUAAUCGCUUACACGGAGCAGUAUGUGGAAUACGACCCAUUCAUAACACCAGCAGAGCCAUCUAAUCCUUGGAUCAGCGAUGACAUCACCUUAUGGGACAUAGAGAUGAGCAAAGAGCCCAGCCAGCAGCGAGUAAAGCGUUGGGGCUUCUCUUUUGAUGAGAUACUGAAGGACCAGGUGGGGCGGGACCAGUUCCUCAGAUUCCUGGAGUCAGAAUUCAGUUCAGAAAAUCUCAGGUUCUGGCUGGCCGUCCAAGAUCUCAAGAAGCAACCUCUACAGGACGUGGCCAAGAGAGUGGAGGAAAUCUGGCAAGAGUUUCUAGCUCCCGGAGCCCCAAGUGCAAUCAACUUGGAUUCUCACAGCUAUGAGAUAACCAGUCAGAAUGUCAAAGAUGGAGGGAGAUACACAUUUGAAGAUGCCCAGGAGCACAUCUACAAGCUGAUGAAGAGUGACAGCUACGCCCGCUUCCUACGGUCCAAUGCUUACCAGGAUCUGUUGCUGGCCAAGAAGAAGCCAGAAAGUGAGCAAGGUCGUAGAACUUCCCUAGAAAAGUUCACCCGCAGUGUGUGCUGCUGGCGCAGAGUCAGAAUGGCCGCCGCGUUUCACCCCCGAGGUGGCUUCCUUCCAGCAGUGGGGAAAGUCGCUGGCGGGCAAGCGCCUUACGGGCCUGAUGCAGUCCUCCUGACCGCCCCAACCCCAGGCCCAGGGCCCGGGCCCACAGAGGACCCGGGCAGGCGACGCUCUACAUCCAACGACAGAGCUUCCUUGCGGGGAGAUUUGGUCACUGUGAAGGAGAAAGAGUGAGGGCCACAGAGGGCACUGGUGGGAAGAUGCAGUGGGUGAAUGGGGAGACCAGAGAGAAAGAGUCCACGGUGCUGGGCCAGCGGGAGAAACCCUGCUUAUAGCCUCUCUCUUGUACAGCCACACACCAAUGCUUAUUCUCAACAAGGGUCCAUUUCUAACUUGGUCAGAGAAUGUCUGUCUCAUGGAGGUUCCUGUCUGACUGUCACUGGAGAUGUUAACCUCACCUGUCUAGUCGUCUGGAGAAUCAUGCCUUCCAGCAAACUUCAGAGGGACCCUGGGCACAUAGUAUUAAACAUCACCUUCCUACUACUCUCUCUAAUGCACUGGCAGCGCUCACUGCCACCUGUUCACCCUCCCCCCCCCCACUGGUGGCCACCCAGGUGUACUGGGUGUGUGACAAGAUGCUGCUUUCACAUAAAAUGUCAAAAGUCCCAUCUUUAGCCCCAAUGACCCUUCAAGUUCUCUCCACCCUCGGUGGUACCAUAUUUUUAAGAAGUCUCCAUGGGUGUGAUGGCCACCCCCAGUUCCCAUCAAAUGUCUAAGGGUCCAGAGCUUGAAGAGGCACCCAGUACAGAUAAUGAAGUGUGUGGUUUAGCCAUUGAAGGUUCAGGUGACAAUCUUUUAAAGAUAUUAUUACUUCCUGUCUUCUGAUUGUGCCCCUUGCCCCUCGGCUUGUCCCCUUGUAUUUUACUCAUAAUAAACAUGGCCGUGAACUCAGGGGCCAUUGGGCUUCUCCCCACUGGUAGCCCAAGAUGGAAGUUUCUGGAGGUGGAUGGAUUGUAGGGCUGGCCCAUGGUGGUAUCCUACCAGGCCUGGCCAGACUCUCGCUGGCUGGUUUAGGGUUCAGUUAUUCCUGAAACUUAAACACACUAUGUAAUGACAGGUCCCAGCCAGAGCCGCAGAAUUCCCUUCCCAACCUUAUUCUGAAGACCCAACCAAAGCACCUUAUUAAACAUAGCCAAUCAUCUAGGAAAAAGCGUGCUAGAACCUGCAAAAGAUCUUCUGUGUUCUUCCAGUGUGUCAGGAUAGCCAUUUGCCAACCUGGCUGUGAAGUCUUGUACCUAAUGUGUCGCAUCAGGUCCUGAAUGAACACAUGGGCAGUACUUGGCAAAUGGCAGCUAGUACGGUCAUUGUCAUGGUUACAAUGACAAUUUGAUCACCAGAUGCCCUUGGACGCAGAUGUAUCAGGCAACAUGCUUUUCAAUUCAAACAUGUUCUUCCAUGCACACCUGCCCUGCCAACACCUGUUGGCUCCUCCUUUGAUCUAUAUUUGUCCAUAGGUGAAAACUCCCCCUUGGGAGUAUAUAAACAGAGAAGGAAAAUGAAGGAAAGAAGUUAGG